GCCUCAGUGAACACCGUGUGUGUGUGUUUCGUGGCCCCUCGAGGAGGGAGAGAGAAAGAGACAUAGAGAGAGAGAGAGAGAGAGAGGGGGGCUGAGUUGCAGUCAGCUCAAGUGACACUGGAGUCUCUCUCUCUCUCUCUCUCUCUCUCACCAUGUCUUUCUUUCUGCCCCUCUAAUCACUUGCUGUGUUUGACCCGGGACAGAUGAGAGUUUGGAGGAGGGAGAGCGAGUGUUGUUGUUGCUUUUUGACCAUAUGGGGAGCAACGAGAAGCGGGAUAGUCGCUGUGAUUCUGUGUCCUCUCUGUGAAGCAUGGUCCAUGUGAAGGAGUUGCAGUUUGAACGUCUGACCAGGGAGCUGGAAGCCGAGCGACAGAUCGUUGCCAGUCAGCUGGAGAGAUGCAAGCUUGGCUCUGAGACUGGGAGCAUGACGAGCAUCAGCUCAGCAGAUGAGAAGUUUCGCUGGAACAACCAAGACGGACAGAAGGACAUCGAGGAGGAGCUGACGACAGGCUUGGAGCUGGUGGACUCCUGCAUCCGAUCGCUCCAGGAAUCCGGCAUCUUGGACCCGCAGGACACGACUACAGGAGACAGACAAGGACUUCUGUCCCAAAGCGCUUUGCAGCUCAACCACCAGGAUGCCUAUGCAGCAGCUGGUUACCAUAGUAACCACGGGCUGGCACUUGGGGAAUCGACCAUGGGACGAUGCGGGCAGGUUGGAGGGGCUGUUCACAGCUACAAUCAGGUGACAUCCAGCCGUGCGGCCGCCCACCUAGUGGGAACGGACUCUCCCUCCCAGUCCCAGAGAGACUCGUUCGCCCAGCAGGCCCACGGCAGCGCCUUCCACAUGCCCACUGAGGUCGGGUCUGCACCUGCCGGACCCCCCAUGUAUUACUCCUGCGCCACUUUGCCUGCUCAGCGCGUGAGCUCCCCUCUGCAUGCAGUGGGAUCCCCUACCAAGCUGCAGCGCCUGGGAUCGGCCUCCUCCGACAUGCCCAGCUACGCCACGCUACAGAGGGUGUCCUCACCCAAGCAGUCGCCCAGUCGACUCGCCAGGUCCUACAGCACGUCAUCGCCCAUCAACAUGGUAUCAUCGGGCGCCGCUGGCUCCUCCUCCCCCCUCCCCAUGGCAGCCUCCCCGGGGGGAAACCACUCCUCGUCGCCCAUCCACCAGCUCAGCUCCGUGGUGGGCAGCUACGCCACCCUGUCGCCCAAGCGCAUGAUGCAUCACAUCGGAGCAGACGGCUACAAGAUUUCCCACGAGCUGUACGCCAACGCAACCCUGCAAAGGCCUGGGAGCCUGGCAGGUAGAGGCUCCAGAGGCUCCUACAGCAGCCAGCACACCCACCUGGGCUCCGAGCUGCGACCUCUGCAGUCUCCCGAACACCACAUUGACCCCAUCUACGAAGACAGAGUCUACACCAAGCCCAACCUGAGAGGACAAGUGGUGAACCAAUUGUACCAAGAGGUCCUCAACUAUCUGUACUGUCCCUACUCUCCUCUCCCUGCUUUAGCCCCGCCUUCUCCCGGUGUUGACCCAAUCCCCUUGCAGCGAACGGGGAGCCAGAGCGCCACGGGCACCUUUCAGCGAGGCAGCUUCUCAGCAGGAGGCGGUGCGGCCGACUACGCCAACCCGUAUCGCACUCUGCAGUUCUGCCCGUCCACCGAGUCGCCUUACAGCAAGUCGGGCCCCGCCCUGCCCCCCGAGGCCGCCUUGGGCCGCUCUCCGUCAGUGGACAGUAUCCAGAAGGACCCAAGGUACGACCCCGAAUUCCUUGUGUGGAAUCAAAAUCAAGCCGAGCAAAGAAUGACAAAGGAGUUCGGCUGGAGGGAUCCAGAGCUGCCGGAGGUGAUCCAGAUGUUGCAGCAUCAGUUCCCAUCGGUCCAGUCCAACGCCGCUGCCUACCUCCAGCACCUCUGCUUCGGAGACAACAAGAUCAAAUCUGAGAUCCGGCGGCAGGGUGGAAUCCAGCUGCUGGUGGACUUACUGGACCACCGGAUGACCGACGUGCACCGCAGCGCCUGCGGAGCCCUGAGGAACCUGGUGUACGGCAAAGCCAACGACGACAACAAGAUCGCCCUGAAGAACUGCGGCGGCAUCCCGGCUCUGGUGCGACUGCUCCGGAAGACCACAGACGUGGAGAUCCGAGAGCUGCUCACAGGUGUUUUGUGGAACUUGUCGUCAUGCGACGCCCUGAAGAUGCCCAUCAUCCAGGAUGCCCUCGCCGUGCUGACCAACGCUGUGAUCAUCCCCCACUCGGGCUGGGACACGUCCCCGCAUACACAGGAGGACCGCAAGCUGCACCUCCACUCCUCCCAGGUCCUCCGCAACGCCACAGGCUGCCUCCGGAAUGUGAGUUCUGCAGGCGAGGAGGCCCGGCGGAGGAUGAGGGAGUGCGAGGGCCUGACAGACGCUCUGCUCUACGUCAUCCAGACCGCUCUGGGGAGCAGUGAGAUCGACAGCAAGACUGUAGAGAACUGCGUGUGCAUCCUGAGGAACUUGUCGUACCGUCUGGCCGCAGAGACGUCUCACAGCCAGCAGGGGGGGUCGGAGGAGCUGGACGGUCUGUUGUGUGACACCGGUGGCAAGGACGCAGAGAGCUCCGGAUGCUGGGGCAAGAAGAAGAAGAAAAAGAAGGGGCACGACCAGUGGGACGGCGUCGGCCCAUUUCCAGAAUUGGCGGAACCCCCGAAGGGCAUCCAGAUGUUGUGGCACCCCACCAUCGUCAAGCCCUACCUCACACUGCUGUCGGAGUGCUCCAACCCAGACACCCUGGAGGGAGCAGCUGGGGCUCUGCAGAACCUAGCUGCUGGCAGCUGGAAGUGGUCGGUGUAUAUCCGGGCCGCAGUGCGUAAGGAGAAGGGCCUUCCCAUCCUGGUGGAGUUGCUGAGGAUAGACAACGACCGAGUGGUUUGUGCCGUGGCCACCGCGCUGAGAAACAUGGCUCUGGACAUCAGGAACAAGGAGCUCAUUGGUAAAUAUGCAAUGAGGGACCUGGUGCACCGUUUGCCCGGAGGCAGCAACAACAACAACACCAACGGUGGGGGCGGAGGAAGCACCAACAGCAGCACCCUAGUGGGGAAGACUAUGUCGGACGACACCAUCACGGCGAUCUGCUGCGCACUGCACGAGGUCAUCACCAAGAACAUGGAGAACACCAAGGCCCUCAGGGACGCCGGUGGCAUCGAGAAGCUCAUCGGCAUUGCCCGCAGCAAAGGGGACAAAAUUCCCAGACAUAGUCCCAAAGUCGUGAAAGCAGCAUCUCAAGUCCUGAACAGCAUGUGGCAAUACAGAGACCUCCGCAGCCUCUACAAAAAGGACGGCUACUCCCAAUACCAUUUCGUCGGCUCCUCCUCCACGAUAGAGAGGGACAGACAGCGCCCUUAUUCUUCCUCUCGCACUCCGUCCAUCUCUCCCGUACGGACCUCACCCAACAAUCGAUCAGCGAGCGCCCCUGCUUCCCCCAGGGAGAUGGUGGCGCUGAAGGAGAGGAAGGCAGACUACGAGUCGACUGGCAAUGCCAGUUACCAUGGCAACAAGGGCGAACACAUAUCCCGGAAAGACGCCAUGAUGGGUCAAAUCUCCAGUGGGUCUUCCACGCUGCACAGAGGAGCAUACGUGUCGCCCACUGAUGACCUGAAGUACAACCAGAUUUCAUCUCAAGGCCUGCCUUCAGAGCCCUACCCUCCUUUCCAAAACCCUCCCCCGCCUGAAAGCGUCAACUACGAGGACCAGGCCUUCUACGAGAACCAGGUUCACGCGGGAGGGCGCCCCCCACAGGGUGACCUCAACAUGCACCUUCAGGGCCUCAAGUCCACCGGCAACUAUGUAGACUUCUACUCCGCCUCGCGGCCCUACAGUGAGCUCAACUACGAGACCAGCCACUAUCCAGCCUCACCAGACUCCUGGGUCUAAGGGAGCCAAGGGUGGAGGAUCAGCAGCACAAGGAGAGGAUGGAUGGUGAAGUGGGUAGUUUAAGAAGAGGUGUAGAGAAGAUGAGAGGACAGGUCCCCCAUCCUACUCUGUAGUUCCUGAGUAGCAUCAUAGAUAGCAGGACGAUGGUGGGGAAGGAUGGAGAGCAGGAGAAAAUAUAAGAUAUUAAAACUCCUCUCAGACAUCUGAGGGAGGAGGGAGAGGGGACAAAGGAGGAACAGAAGCGAACGGAGGAGUGGCCAUGCAUGUGCAUGCACACCACCACCAAAACUGACGGACACGUUUUCUCUCUGUGUUUAGUUUGUGAUCAACUGCGAGAAAGUUCAGCAGAACAGAAAGACCUCCUGCGCCCGAAGGCCUCCGGAUACAGAACGUAAGAGGGACAGACACAACGAAAAAGAACGUGGAGGGGAACGAUGGAAGUGUGUAUGGAGGUGAAGAAGGACAAUGAAAAGAGAACAAUUAAUCGCUGGACUCAAAGAGUGGAAAAGCUUUUUUGGGGGUUUGCGAAAUGGAACGUGUAAGAGCACCCGGGAGAAAACCUGUAAAUAUGUGGUAUAGCAACAUGGCUUUUAGUAAUGUGAAGCACAAGAAGCAGAGCUGUAGGACAUGUAGGACGUCUGUCACACAAACCUUUGUUUCUCUCUGUGGCUCCAGUGUGAUGUAUCCUCCUCUGGGCGAAGAGCGCCUCUGGACUGGUUAUUUGUAACCGUUUAUUUUCUUUUUCUUUUGUUGUGUUUCUACUUUUUUUAUUCUUGAUUCUGGUUGUAUAGUAUUUGAUGUACACUACAUUUACCGAGAUGCAUUGUGUACUGUACAUUGCACUACUUUCUGUGUCAUGUCAGGCCUCUUUUGCCAUUGGUUCAACCUCACGUCCUCACUAACUAUCCCCCACCGUAAACACACACACACACACGAUUCCUGCACUUUUUCAGAACUCAUGUUAAAAGGUCCAGAUUGAUGUCGAAGCGUUGCUUUUGUUGAAAUAUCGGAUAUGAAUUGGGUAUUUGAAGCAUCAUCUCUGGUAGGUCACGGUGCUCCUUUAACUGCCCUACAGAAUGGCCGUCUCAAACCAUUUUUUUUCCGUGACAAAACUCAUCUUUUUUAUGCUAGUUUCAGUUUUUUUGGCGGUCCACAUUAACACCACGAAUCCUGCUUUUUUGUUCCCAUAAGCUCCUCCUUUGAGGGAACAGUGCUUAUUGUGUAUAUAACCGUGCCAAACAAGGGUUCCUUCCCCUCAGCUGAAGAAGGUGGGUGGGGUGGGUUGGGGGUAUUAGGGGCGUGUUAAAGGGUCCAAGUUCAGCUGAAGCUCUCAGAUCAACAUCCUUGCAGUUCUAGCGAUGCCAGUUUGUAAAUGCUUUGGUUUUUCUAAACUGUGUUUUACUGGGAUGAAACUUGUUUUAACUGCACUGGGACUGGGGAGAGAACGUAAAAAAGAAAACCAACAACAAAAAAAGACAAAAGAAAAUCACGAAAGGACUGUGAAUGGGCGGAGCAAUGCUUCCUCCAAAGUUGUACAAAAUUAGUUGAUUUCUGUGUUGUAAAAUAAUCAGUGUUUGAAGUACAAAAAACAAAAGAAAAUCUUUUCUGAGCGAUGGGUGGCAAUUCUAACUUCAUGGUAGACAAAACUGUUAAUAGAGUACGGAUAUAUAUUAUAUAAAUAUAAAUAUAUACUUUUUAUGUGCAGAUGUGGAUGUCACUUAUAGCAGCAACAUUAUGGGAAAAAAAAGACUUGUAAAAAAACAAACCAAAAAAAACCAGCUACAUGUAGGAGUUUUGUUCACAUUUCAUUUUCUGGUCAACACACUAAAUUGUCGACUUUGUGUAGUAAUGUUGUUGCUAUGUGGAGUAGAGUAGACCAGGGCCCAGGGAUCCACGUUGUCACUAAGGCAGUCCAAAAAAAAAAUUAAUUUAAAAAAAGGUGCUACGUCCACGAGAAGUAUUUCCAACAUGUCUGUAUUUUUAACCGUGCACAAAAACGUUGGUUCUCCUUCGUAUAUCGAUAACAAACGAUUGAUCAUCGGCCACGUGACGGAGAACAACCACGAGUUAGAUUCUUGAAUUUCAUGGAUUCUUGCAUGGAAAAAAAAACAACAUUUCUGAUUAAUUGGUCUCAUUAUGCUACAUAGCAGAACAAUUGCACCCAUGAAUGCAUGAGUAUUUGUUGUCAGUAAAUCUGAAACUAAAUGGGGAUUAAUUCUUUUUUGUUAACAUUUUCUAUGUGAGGAAGGCUACAUUGUAAUACAGACCCUGGUUCUCCCCUGCGCACUGCUGUCUAGAAGUCCUAGAGGUCAUCUUCUGACUUGGAAAAAUAACACAACUGUCCCCACAAAAACACUGGAUGAAGAACAGACUUGCCGUAUUUUGUUAGCGAGCAUCUGGAAACUGACUUAUGUACGUCCCUGUGAUCCUUAGGCGGUGAAACCUGACUGCGAGAUAUGACGUCGGUAACCUUUUUGUUGCUAGACCAAACGUGUUUUGAAAAGAGAAUUGUGAAACUUUCUAUUGCCUCAAACUGAUUGCAACUGCUCCAAAAAAAUAUAAACGGACCAUCGAAGAAA